AAGUGGAUAAAGUUGUGUUUCCAACGUCUCUGCCCUCCAUGUUACCAGUUGGCCGCAGCGUGUGGAAGGAGUCGGGCCAGGUGAGGCGUGCUUUGUGCGCUAUUUCAGUCCGCCCGGGAUGAAUGCAGACGUCCCCUUCUCUCUCAGCUCGUCUCCUUUCAGGGCCGGCCGCCCCUUGCUGAGUUGGUCGCAAUCAUUGUUUCUCCGCAGCAUUAACCACAUUCCAGAGAGGCGCAUCGCAUCCCGUCCACAUCCCCGCAUUCCUCUCGCGCAAACGAGUCCGCCGUGCGAAGCGGCGUCUAUCGGCGACUUCCCGUCGCUCCCCGGGCUCGGACCUUCGCCACGACCGGUGUCGGAGGCGUGCGGGAUUAUCCGGCACCGUUGAAUUUCCAGAACAGCGGCGGCGAGAGAAGUGCGGAUGGAAAACCGACACGGGCAAAUUCCUCCGCGCGGCGCGCCAUUGACUGUAAAGACCUUUCAACUUAACAAAAACUGAAGUUGACAAACGUAUCCCCGUCGGCCGAAACUGUGAGAAAGAGGGGUUUUUGUGUGCGUGUGCGCGCGCGCGUGUGUGUGUGUGUGUGUGUGUGUGUUUUAUCCCCCCCCCCCCCCCCGGCGAAGUGGGCAAAGCGGGAGCGGACGAUGCGACACUCGGCGGAGGUUUGCGAGCACGUCGGCGGGUUUGUGCGAGCGAGCGACGGCUGCGACGCGGCGUUCUGUUUUGAUUUCCAUGUGAAAUGCAAUUAGUGCUCCGCGCCGCUCGCUAGUUUGGCUCGCGGAGCGCAGCAGCGCGGAACUCGUGCCCGCGUCGGGAGGCGCCGAACAUGGAGCACUACCAGGGGGAUCUGGGGCUCCGGGCCGGCCAACUGAUGGAGGAGCUCUCCCUGUACGACGCGUACCAAGACGCGAUGUACAACUCGCGCAGGGACCUGGUGACGAAGCCCGACCGGGACUUCUCGGCGGCGGCUCCGGGAGCGGAGCGCAAAGGCGCGCCGGCGAGCGGCGGCGGCGGCAGCUCCGCGCUCCACCAGCAGCAUCACACCGUGGAGAACUUCACGCCGGCGAACAAAGUGUACACGGCGGCGCCCGUGCGCCCCGUCAACUGCAACCGGGCCGUGCCCGUGGAUUUCUGCGCGCCGCAGCGGGACGCCGGCUACGGCGAGGAGGGCUGCUGCGCCAAGUCCGAGGUGGCGCUGCCGUGCUACACGGGCGCCUCCGAGAGGCACCGGCGGUACUCGCUGGAGGCGCAGGGCCACAGGUACAGCACCGGCUCCGCCUUCGACGGCGUGCCGCUCAACAAGCCCGCGGCUCUCCCCGGCAACAGGUGCAACAGCGUGUGCAUCGGCGGCAGCCACGACGGCAGGUACGGCGCCACCAGCCCGCGGUCCAGCCCGGCGUCGUCGCUGUCCUCCCAGGAGCAGAGCAAGCACGCCAGCCCCAGGUCGAGCGUCAGCAGCCCGCGCGGCAGCCUGGCGGUGCCGGGUCAGGACAGGUACACGAGCCCCAGGUCCAGCCUGGUGCACUGCGAGGGCGGCGGCGUCCUCAGCCCCAGGUCCAGCUAUGCGAGCACCGCCAGCGACACGAGCAAGCACUCGAGCCCCCGGACGAGCCUCAACAGCUGCGACUGCUGCAGCAAGCCCAGCAGCAACCGCACCAGCGGCAUCAGCAUGGGCUACGACCAGCGGCACGCCAGCCCCCGGUCGAGCACGGCGAGCCAGUACUCGUUCACCACCAGCCCGAGGUCCAGCUACUCGGACUCGCGCUACGGGCCCGUGGUCCACCACGAGCUGGAGGGGGCCAUCCUGCACGCAGCGCCGCUGGCGAGCCCCCGCUCGAGCAUCUGCAGCCAGGACGGGGGCGCCCGACCGGGGCCCGCCGCGAACUGCGUGGCCAGCCCCCGGUCCAGCAUCUCCAGCCACAGCUCCAGGAGCUCGCGCAGCUCCCGGGGCUCGACGAGCGCCUACCCCGACCUGCAGCUGCCCUCGCCGCGCUCCUCGAUGCUGGGCAGCGGCGCGCACGAGGACCCGCCGCCGCCGCCGCCGCCGCAGGAGCUCGACCCGCACGCCAACGGGGGCCAGGGCCGCGGCCACCUGCAGGCGCUGUCGGCGGCGGCCGAGCCCCUGCAGCAGUCGGCCCACUCCGCGGAGAUGGCCGCGUCGUUCGGCUACGCGAUGCCCGCCAAGGCGGCGCCCUCGGGCCAGAGGUUCAAGCUGCCCUACCAGGUGACCCCCAGCCGAGAGAGCGGGCCCAGCCAGGCGGAGCGGCGGCUGGAGGCGCUCACCCUGGAGCUGGAGAAGGAGCUGGAGAUGCACAUGAAGAAGGAAUACUUUGGUAUCUGUGUCAAAUGUGGGAAGGGUGUGUAUGGAGCCAGCCAAGCCUGCCAGGCCAUGGGGAACCUGUAUCACACAAAUUGCUUCACCUGCUGCUCAUGUGGGAGGAGGCUGCGAGGGAAAGCGUUCUACAACGUCAACGGGAAGGUCUACUGUGAGGAAGAUUUCCUGUACUCUGGUUUCCAGCAGACGGCGGAGAAGUGCUUUGUGUGUGGUCACCUCAUCAUGGAGAUGAUCCUGCAGGCGCUGGGCAAGUCCUACCAUCCGGGCUGUUUCCGCUGUGUGGUGUGUAAAGAGGGUCUCGACGGAGUGCCUUUCACCGUAGAUGUGGAGAACAACAUCUACUGCGUUAAAGACUACCACACGGUUUUUGCUCCCAAGUGUGCCUCCUGCAACCAGCCUAUCCUUCCAGUCCAGGGCUCGGAGGAAACCAUCCGGGUCGUUUCUAUGGACAAGGACUACCACGUGGAGUGUUACCACUGUGAGGACUGUGGUCUGAAGCUAAACGACGAGGAGGGCCACCGCUGUUAUCCACUGGAAGGCCACCUGCUCUGCCACGGCUGCCACAUCCAUCGGCUCCAGUCGCAGGUCCCCGCCCACCCGCCGCCCAGCUACCCCCUUCAUGUCACCGAGCUGUGAGCGGGAGGAGGGUGGGCAGCAACCAAAGCCCCGACUCCCAGGUGAUCUGGGACACCAGCAGUGGGCCAAGAAAAAAGAAAGAAAGGCCUGCACCCCAUCCAGCAGUUCCAGGGAAGCCUCCGUGUGGCCAUCCGAGCUUCUGCCCCUGUCCUCAAUGGGACAGCCAGGCUGUGGACUAACACACUGUGCAGCUCCCACCACAAGCCCCACUGUCACAUGACAGGGCUGGGGGAAAAAAGGGUCCCCCUCCACCUCCGUCUGCGGUCCUUUCCUCCCCCCUUCCCCUUGGGAGCCUAACCCUGAAAGCCAAAACGCUGGCUCAUCCAGAGGCCCCUGGUGACGUCAUACCUUCUGACCCCUGCACAUUCAUCAAACACAGGGUUUUUGUGAUCGGAGGAGAGAACACAAACUUGUCUCUUACCCUGCUUCCCCCUCUUUCCCUUUCCAUGUUAUUUCAUUCCCGUGCUCUGACUGAAGCGGUUUACCGCAGCGGAUUCAACGGGGCUGUCAGGUCUGAGAGCGCCGCUGAUCUGAGCGGCGGCAGGGCCAGGGAGCGAGCCACUACAUUCCAGUGCUGGCUGUGCUGGACAGGCCCCAGGGGUGGGCAUGCUGUGCCUUCAGAGCGGGCCCUCUCUGUGCAGCUAUUAACACUGAAAUGGAAGCCCUGCUACAGGCUAUGCAAAGGACCCACCAGCAUCAUGACACAGAGCCGCGAGGAGAAAAAAAAAAGACUUGACUCCUCGCUCCUCACUUUGCACCACCCCAACAAAACAGAUGCACCGUAGCACGACAAGCCCAGAGGACUGACUGACAUUCCACUUAGAGAAAAUCUUAGCCGAGACCUCGAGAGAUUCACAAGCAGUGUCUUAAUUAAUGGUUAUAUUGUGACAGCAAAAGAAAAUUUUAGAUGCACAUAGAUUGUCUUUUAUAUAUGAAUAUAUAUUUUGCAGAUGUUUUCCACAUAAGAUUCCUAGAUGUAGAUUUGUUGUUGUUGUUGUUGUUGUUGUUGUUGCUGCGCUCGUGAUAGAGUCAGAGGUGAAGCAAGUUGUCUGAAGCCUCUGAAGACUGUUGGUCUUUUGUAUCAUUUCUCGUCCAGGACACGGAGUCUCCUCGUGUCUGUCCGUGGGUCAGAGAUCCACUGGCUUUUUUGAAGAGCAGACUCGGCUCCAUUAGAAUCUGCCUGCAGUUGUUUCCCUUCACUUUGAGUACCAAAUGACUCGUUCACAAAUGAGUUUGUUUUUACAUUUGGUUUUUCAUUCAGUUUUGUGUUCUAGUUAAUGCAAACCUUUUAAUCAUUCAGACCGAAGGGAUUAGUCUUGCUCAAGCUUUGCAGGGGUAAAAGGACGAUUGUGUAGUCAACUCCUACAAAAGGGGUACAUUUAUUGAUCUCAACUAAAGUUUGUGCCACUGUGGUGCACAAACUAUUUCACAGAGCUAUCAGGUUCAUCUUGAGUAUUAAAUCUAAGAUUUUUACCAUGGAAUAAGCAUUUACCUGGACUGUGCUUGUAAAAUAUCAACCGUGGGUGGAACUCGGGUGAAUUUGAAACGACACCUCCCUCUCCACUGUAUGAAUGUGGCAUUUUGCCAUCUGGUACUCGAAGAGGAAUGAAACACUGCGUGGUUAUUUUUCAAAUACCUUUUGCUUCAGGUCUGUCCAGGACACUGAUUCCUGGUAUGUUUUCCAGACACUGGUUUUGUCACUCGAGCACUGAGAACACAGCGUUCCUACGAGGAACCUCUACUUGUCCGCAUGCCUUAAGACAGAACAGGUAUGUUUGUGUGUCUCGCUCUGGGGCCUGUACCGUGAAGCCAGUUCAGCGCAGUCCGGCUCUCCUGGGUUUAUCUGGAUAACCUGUAUCACGAAGCUUAGUUAUCAAUCUUGUUUAAUCUGGAUUUACUAAUCUGGCUAUGAGCAUGUUCAAUUUGAAAUGAGCGGAGUUGUUAAUUACAAGGGACACCGUGAGAGGGCUUCGUUUUUAUUUCCAAUCAUCGUCACACUCAUGUUAAUCUGAGCUGCAGUGAUGGAAUCAGAGUUAAAAAACAUCAACAAUUUUAGUACAAUAAAAAUGCAGCUGUAAUCGUCAUUAUGUAAACUCAACUGUUUAAAACCAGAGUGGACAACUUGGCCGUCUGGAACCGCAGAGCAAUCCACUAAUCCACAAAAAAUGUCCAUUGUUUUUUUUCCAUUCGUCACCUUUAACUAUUUUUUUUAGUCCAUGUCGGGAUCCUGUAGGAACAAUAACUGUUUUUGCAGUAAUCUGAUUGGAAAGUGGUCAGGCUGUUGACAGGUUUUCAUCCGAGCAGGAUAACCUUGCAGCACAGGUUACCAUGGCGAUCUGCCUCCCGUUAAGAAAAAAGUGAGCCCGCUUUGUGAUACCAGGAAAACUAGAUUCAAGCCCAAAGAUAGCUGGACAUAUAACCCCCGAUCUCACUUUGUGGCACCGGCCCCCGGUGUGCCAUGAAAGUCUGCUGUUGUGUUUUGGGGGGCACACCCCUGAAAACCUGGAGCUGCUGGUCACACCCACGUUUUCAGGGAGUGUCCCUCACCCACCCACCCCAACCAUGUUUCCCUUGCUUCUUGUGGGUGUGUGCGUGUGCGCGUGUGUGUGUGUGUGCGUGCGUGUGUGUGUGUGUGUGUGUGUAGGCAGCUUGUAUGGAUGAAUUCACUGAGUACUGUGCGUUUAUAUGCAAAACAAACUAGACAUGAGACUAAAAAGCAAAUGUGGUGGUGCUAGAGGAAAUAGUCUCACAUGUUUCUGUUAUUAAUGAGUUCUGUUGUACUGGACCUCAAUAGCUCAUUCAGGACACAUGAAAGGUUGCAAGCCAGAAUUCAAGAUAUUGUUGGUAACUACGAUAGUGUAGCGGAACCGAGGAAAAAUGUUCAUUCAUUCCAGCACCAAGCAAAGAUCAGAGCUGCUGCACAAUUAUACAGAUAAACCCCCGAUCAUUUGUGCAAAUUGUGUAAAUGUUUGACGUACGUGUGUGUGUGUGUGUGUGUGUGUGUGUGUGUGUGUGUGUGUGUGUGUGUGUGUGUGUGUGUGUGUGUGUGUGUGUGUGUGUGUGUGUGUGUGUGUGUGUGUGUGUGUGUGUGUGUGUGUGUGUGUGUGUGUGUGUGUGUGUGUGUGUGUGUGUGUGUGUGUGUGUGUGUGUGUGUGUCCUUGUGGCAGGGCCAUGGCACAUGCACCACACUGUGUUUGCAGGGCAGCACAGCAUCCAACACAGUGACCCCUGCUCUCUCCGUCUUAACCCAGUGACGAUUUUAAUUUUUGAUGUCGGUCCAUCACGUACUUUGUUUCAGGUGUUUGCAUCUAAUUGUUGCCAUUUGUCUUAACCUGUAUCCAGUUGCUACACCAAUGGGUAUUUACACACGUUGCAGCCAAUGCUCCAGUAGCUCAUACAUGUAUCAUCCUCCGACUGUAGCCGACUCCACUCGUCUGGUGUUGGAUAUAGAAUAAAACAACCGCCAACUGUCAGGUGCAAACACUGGCCCAGCUCUUACUCAUACUGUAAUGCUGUAAUAGACACAGGCGCGAAAAGAUACUACUGAACGUGUCGAAGCAGAGACUGAAGCAGAGACUGAAGGCAGGGGUCACCACAGGCAGGAAGUGCUUUUUUAAUGUAACCUGAUGUAAUGAGAUUCAUUCGAAUGUAAUAAUGAUUAGCGUUUGUCCUCCUCCCGGUUGUAUAUUUUUGAAUGCAGAAAAGACAAAGGACUGCAUACUGUACCCGAGACAUUCCCCUGGUCUUUGGAUGUGUUUUACCUCGACUUGGAACAAAGGGCUCUGGUCAAGUCAUGUGUGCUGUACAUGAAGAAUGAGGCAUGUUCUGGACUUAACUGCACAAUAUCAACCCCUGAGGAAAAAACUUAACAAGACCAGAGUGUGUCCCCUUUAAAGAUGUCUUAAUUCACCUGUUCUAAGAGUGCUACUUCAGUUCCUAUUGCAUAGCCCACAGCUAGUUACCCUGUACAUAAAGAGGCUAGUUUUUGUAUAUUUUAUUUUUCUGUCAAAAAUCACUUGGAAAGAGAAGUUUUUUUUUCUUCUUCCUCCUACUGGUAGUUCCAAUAAGCACAUCUCAACACCUGUCACACAUCUUUUGUAUCUCUAAAUGUUUUGAUUACCUAGAUGGUUCAUUUAAAAAAAAAAAAAAGGAAACUAGAUCUAUUUAUCUAAACAUGGAAAAAGUCUAAAGUUAUUUAAUGUAUUAAAAAUCGGGACGUAUCAUUUAACUGUAGAUGACAUAAUCUGCUUUUUCAAUAAAGUGGUUUUGUAGCUAACUGCAAAAAAAAA